AUGGAAACUGAAGGAAUUGUUGUUGUUACUGGAAGCAACGCGAAUGCAUCAGUGACUAUAGAUCACUAUCAUCCAUUGUAUUUGCAGGCUUGUGAUACUCCAAGUAACAAUCUAAUUUCUUUCUCCCUAAUUGGUCCAGAGAACUAUGCGUUUUGGAGUAGAUCAAUGAAAAUUGGAUUAGUAGGAAAGAACAAGUUAGGAUUUGUGGAUGGAAGACACACAAAGGAUAAAUUUGACGAAUCUUUGCAUGAACUUUGGGAAAAAUGCAACGCAAUUGUGUUAUCAUGGAUAAUGAAUGAUGUGAGCAAGGAAUUGUUGAUUGGAAUCAUGUAUGCUUCAAGUGCACACAAGGUUUGGAUAGAUCUGAAAGAGAGAUUGGAUAAGGUUGAUGGAUCUAGAGUUUUCCAUUUGCACACAGAGAUAAACCAUUUGACUCAAGGCACAUCUUCUAUUUCGUGCUAUUUUUCAAAGAUGAAGGAGUUGUGGGAGGAAUUUGAUGCCCUUAUGCCAUGCCCUGGGUGUGAAUGUGCAGAAUCGAAAAAAUAUGUUGAGCAUUACGAGUACCAGAGACUUUUACAGAUCCUAAUGGGAUUGAAUGAUUCAUAUGUGCAAUGUCGAAGUCAAAUCAUGAUGAGAACUCCGAUUCCAAGCUUGAACAAGGCUUACUCAAUGGUGAUAUCUGAAGAGAGUCGUAGAUCACUAGGAAAGGCAAUGCAUGUAGGUGAAUCUAUGGAUGGAACAACUUUGUUUAGCAACACGAACAAAAUAACUAGAAAUCCUGGAGGAAGUUAUAAGGAUGCUGAGAAUAAUUUCAAGGACCUUCACAGUGUAAAGGUGAAGGGGAUUGGUAGAGUUGUUGAUGGAUUGUACAGGAUGCAGUUGCAGCUGAAGGAUUUUCAAAAAAUUAUGGUGGCAACUGUACAGUCCAAAAAUGUUGAUGCACAUGUAGACUUAGCAAUCUAG